CUGCCCAUAAAUACCCACUCAUUGCUCCAUCUCACACAGACCAACUUAAUUCACCUUCUCCUUCUUCGUCUUGGGAUCUACUAAGCUAAAUCACUAAAUGGCAUCGGUCACUCGCACUUCGAUGGAUCAGAAGCUCGUCAUGGCAAAGCGCUGCUCUCAUGAGGGAGUUGUUGCAGGCGUCAAGGCCGCCGCCGUCGCAACCGUUGCUGCUGCCGUCCCCACUUUGGCCAGCGUCAGAAUGCUACCAUGGGCGAAGUACAACCUUAAUCCUACAGCUCAGGCACUCAUCAUUUCCACAGCUGCUGGAUUAGCCUUCUUCGUAGUUGCAGACAAGACUGUGCUGGCACAGGCCAGGAAGAACUCCUUCAAAGAAGCUUAAUAUAUAUAUAUAUAUAUAUAUAUAUAUAUAUAUAUUAAGAAUCCAUGCAUAUUAUGGGGAUGGAUAGAAUAUAAAAAUGUAAGAGUACUGUUCGCACUUGUGGAGGUUUGUUGUGGAUGAUUCCCAAUCUCAAAGAAGCUGGCAGAUUUGCAUGUUACUUAAUUUCAUAU